AUGGUUUCCACCGGCAUCAUCGUGGUGCUCCGCAUUGUGUGCAUGUGCCUGACAAUAGCGUACGGUCUCGUUAGCCUCGGUCACAUCACCGCCACCUGGAUGCUGAGGAAGGAUCUUUACUUUGCCGUCAGGGUCGGAAGCUUCAUGGUCAUAGUGGCAAUGAUCGAAUCCCUGAUCACGCUGGGUGCGUCCCUCGUGCUCUUCGGUAAGCUGCGGCGGACCAACGACAUAUUCGAGGUGUCCUUGGAGAUACGGAAAGUCGGAGCUUGCGCGCUGCUCACCACCGUCAAGGUGGACGAGACGUUGCAACAGAUCCUGCUUUCCACCCCGCUCCUGCAGGCGUUCGAAGAGUACUGUCUUAGGGCGCUCUGCGGCGAGGACGUUGUAGCUGCUAGUCUGGAUGGCGCUGCUAAAGAAGUCGGGAUGAUGCUCAAAGACAAGCUAUUCGACAGGUUCCGGGAGACGGACCAGUUCAAACAGAUCACGGCCAAGUCGGCCUUGAAAGCGCCGGGUGAUGUCAUACCCGAGAGCUAUGGAAACGCAGUGAACGUUAAUGACAGACAUCCGAGUUGA